AUGAACGGUGGCGAUGAUGCUGUUGUAGCUCCGGAGGAACCUUUGCAACCGUUGGAGUGGAAAUUCUCGCAGGUUUUUGGCGAACGUGCGGCUGGAGAGGAAGUUCAGGAAGUGGACAUAAUUUCUGCUAUUGAAUUUGACAAGUCUGGUGAUCAUCUUGCUACCGGUGACCGCGGUGGUCGAGUAGUUCUCUUUGAACGGACAGAUUCAAAAGAUCAUGGAUCAAGAAAGGAUUUGGAGAGUACUGACUAUUCUAAUAGCCGGCAUCCUGAGUUCCGCUAUAAAACUGAGUUUCAGAGUCACGAGCCCGAGUUUGACUAUCUUAAGAGUUUGGAAAUAGAAGAGAAAAUUAACAAGAUCAAAUGGUGCCAAACAGCUAAUGGUGCUGUAUUCCUCCUAUCUACAAAUGACAAAACAAUCAAAUUUUGGAAGGUUCAAGAAAAGAAGGUGAAGAAAAUUUCUGACAUGAAUAUUGACCCUUCAAAAGCAAAUGGAAAUGUAUCUAUCGCAAGUUCGAGCAAUUCUUGUAUCCUUAAGCCACAUCUUGCAAAUGGAGGAUCUUCAGAUAAAACAUAUAGUUAUCUAAGCAAUGAUUUCUCAUUUCCACCAGGAGGCUUACCGUCACUAAGAUUACCCUCGGUAGUAGCUAGCCAUGAGACCAGUCUGUUGGCUCGAUGUCGUAGAGUAUACGCACAUGCUCAUGACUAUCACAUCAAUUCUAUUUCAAAUAACAGUGAUGGAGAAACUUUCAUAUCCGCCGAUGAUUUGCGAAUAAAUCUUUGGAAUCUGGAAAUUAGCAAUCAAAGUUUUAAUAUUGUUGAUGUAAAGCCUGCGAAUAUGGAGGAUCUUACUGAGGUUAUAACAUCAGCAGAAUUUCACCCGACACAUUGUAAUACAUUGGCAUAUAGCAGUUCGAAGGGCUCAAUUCGUCUUGUUGACUUGCGGCAGUCAGCCUUAUGUGAUUCCCAUGCCAAGUUAUUUGAAGAACAGGAGGCCCCUGGUUCCAGAUCGUUUUUCACAGAGAUUAUUGCUUCUAUCUCGGAUAUAAAAUUUGCAAGGGAGGGAAGAUACAUACUUAGUCGCGAUUACAUGUCUCUGAAGUUAUGGGACAUUAAUAUGGAUUCUGGCCCAGUUUCGACAUUCCGCGUUCACGAGUAUUUAAGGCCAAAGUUAUGUGAUUUAUACGAAAACGAUUCAAUUUUUGAUAAGUUUGAGUGUUGUCUAAGUGGUGAUGGAUCACGAGUUUCAACCGGUUCUUACAGCAACCUAUUCCGCGUGUUUGGUUGCGCCCCGGGAAGUACAGAAGCUACAACUUUGGAAGCCAGCAAAAAUCCAAUGAGACGACAAGUUCCAACACCGUCAAGGCCUUCCAGAUCAAUCGGAAACAGCAUCACAAGAGUUGUACGACGCGGAGCUGAAAACACCGGUGUCGAUGCAAACGGAAACUCAUUCGACUUCACAACAAAGCUGCUACACUUAGCAUGGCACCCGAGUGAAAAUUCAAUCGCAUGUGCCGCUGCAAAUAGCUUAUACAUGUACUAUGCAUGA